AUGGUGGAUUCACAACAUGUAUCAUUUCAACAACAUCCAUUAUCAACAAAUUCAUAUAGAAAAACAAUAAAUAAUCCAUUAUCAUCAUCGGAACCACGACUCAGACCCGUGCCAAUGACGCCACAUACAACUUUGUUGAUAGAACAAGUUCGUCAAUUGCAACAUGAACUUAAACAAGAAAUAUCAAAAGUUGGCCGCCUUCAGGAGGAGAAUGCAACUCUAAAGCAUUCCAGUUCGUCUACAUCAAAUAAACACUCAUGCACUCAAACAAUUGAUGAAUGUUCCUCUGAAAUUUGGGAUGAAAUAAAUCUUAGUCCCAAAGCUGCCAUCAAGAAGUCAAAGAAAUCGAGAAAAUCAUUAAAGAAACUUGAUCGACAUCCAUCACCAUCCAUACCAACUGGUGAUGAAGAGAUGACACCAAAACAUCAUUCACAAAAAUCAACAAAAAUUUUACAACCAUCAGCAACACCUAUGUUGAAUCUAACGAUGUUCAUAUCCGAUAAUAUUACAAAAUUCGGAGGGACAACAAAAGAGGCUCCAGGCAGAUUCAUUAUAGAAUAUCAACAAAAAGCCAAAACUGCCUAUGGAUGGUCAGAUCAAGCAACGCUCAACGGAAUUAGUCAUUGGCUAACAGGUGCUGCUGCUGAAUGGUGUCAACAAUUAGUGCAAAGUGAUGAACUUCCAGCCACCUGGGGUGAGUUUGUAAAACUAUUUCAAGCUCGAUUUCAAUCACCCGAACGAACAGAAGCUCUGAAAAUCAAAAGAAAUCGUUGCAUGCAGCAGUCAGAUGAAUCCGUAGCAGAUUUCUAUCAGAGGUAUAAGGGACUAGCAUUGGAAAUUGAUCCUAAAAUCUCAGAAAAAACGCUCAAAAGGCACCUCUUUCCGAAGCUACGUCUGGAUAUCCUUCAAUUAAUGGGCGGAGUUGAUGCUGAUAAAUUAGCGUUGCCAGAUCUGAUGAGAAGAGCAGCUAAAGUUGAAUUACACAUACUUCAACGAAAGAAAGGAGGUCAACAGAGAACUGGCGAAUUAGCAGAACCCUCCAUGGCAAUGAAGUCUUCGAGAAAUCAGGAACAACGAGAAAUCUAUUCAUAUACAACAAAAAGAUGUUCAACUAAUCCUGAAUCCGUAGUAGCUGCCAUUGAGUAG